AUGUCGGGCUGCCCACCUCGCCACCUCGGCCAGAGGCACGGCUGGGCCAUGGCUUGGGAGUGGGCCGGCUCGCUGGCCGUCGCCUCGGCUGGCCCUGGCACGCCUGACCCAGCCGCCUCCUGCAGGGAGCGCCUCGGCCCCCGGCACGCCUGCGGCCUGCUCCCGGCACCCAGAGCCUCUCUCGGGCAGGGCAGCCGGAGGGCGCCCUGCAGCGCCGCCGGCAGCCAGCGCCAGAGCGCCAGCCAGCGGGAGAAGCUGCGCAUGCGGCGCCUGGCCCAGGCCCUGCGCACGCUGCGCCGCCACCUGCCCGCCUCCGCCGCACCCGCCGGGCACAGCCUGACCAAGAUCGAGACGCUGCGCCUCGCCGUCCGCUACAUCGGCCACCUCUCCGCGCUGCUGGGCCUCGGCGAGGAGAUGCCGACCCCGACGGGGCUGGAUCGGGCGCCCCCCCGCUGCCCACUGUGCCCCCCCGUGCUGGGCUGCUGCCCGGAAGAGCCGCCCGCCUGGGACAGCCCAGCUGCCGCCGUCUCCGAGGCCUGGCUGGCAUCGCCACAACGUGACAGCCAAGGGACUUUUUGGGACUCUUGGGCGGCUGAAUCCAGUCCCUGGAACCUGCCCCCCGAGUGCCUCCCAGGAGGGCACCCCGAGGAGCUGAAUGCCGCCCCUGAUGCCCUCGCAGAAAUGGGGGCUUCGCAAGCACCCCCCGAGCUGCGCUGUGCGCCUCUCUCUCACUCGCCUCCCUGGAGCUCCCCCACCUGCAGACCACGCCUGGAGCUGCCCCUGGCCCCAUACGGGGGGCGGGCAAAGACUGUCCCGGCCUGGCAGGGGCCGCCCUAUAGCUCUGAAGAGGCAGCUGCUCACAAGGCCCAAGCGGCCUCCUGCGUGCCAGAGGGCAGCAGCCACGCUCACCCGCGCCAGUGGAAACCACCGCUCAUUCCAGAAGACUUUCUGGAUUUGACCCAGGGAAGUGCGAGGGCCAACUCUUCUGAGAAGUUCUUGCUCAGCCAGGAGCCAGCGGGAAAGCUGGAGGGGGCACCAGCAGCACAAUUGGUGCAGAAAGGUGUGCUGUGCCCAGACCAGUGGCAGGAAGCGGCCUCCAGGCAGAGCGGGGUGGCAUCGGCUCACGUCAAGCGGCGAGCUGAGAUGUGGCUUGUGGCUUGA